GUAUAUACGUCCCUGGUUAGAGAAAGUGCUAAAUAAAGUCGGGUUCGGUAUUCACUUGUGUAUUACCAGAGCAAAGUUUCAACAAAGUUUCAUCAUUUAAUAACGAUAAAACGGAAUUUAAAAGUUACUAGUUUCGUUACUGAAGAUGAACUGCUGAGAUGUCUAAAGCCACAAAAAGAAAACAUGUCACCAAAGAAGUCCUAGAUGAAUUCAUUUUGCCAACAGAAAAUCAACAAGUUGUUAGGGUGACUGCUGGCAGGGGAAACAACCUUCAUGAAGUGGAAACUGCCAAGAAGGAAAGGUUCCUUGUUAGUAUGCCCACAAGGUUUAGAAAAAAUGUCUGGAUCAAAAGAGGUGAUUUUGUACUUGUUGAGCCUAUUGAGGAAGGUGAAAAGGUGAAGGCAGAAAUAAUAAGCAUACUGUAUAAAGAUCAAAUCAAGUAUAUCCAGGAGGAAGGCAAAUGGCCACCAGAGUUUGCUGUGAAGGAAAGCAACCCAGAUGAGGGAAUUCCAGCAGACAUGUUACCCCCUAGUGAUGAUGAAGAUGAGGAGGGGGAGUUAACUGUUGUUAAUGCUAACCGGAGACAAAUUGCAAUGUAUGAGGAGAGUGAAGAGGAAAGUGAAGAGGAUGAAGAAGAACGCUAAAGAUAUAAACAGAUUGUGAUUGAUUAAAGAAGUCUAUUGAUUCAAAAUUUAUUGUUAAAGAGCACAGAUAUGAUGAUUACAUUUUUGGGGGAUAUCAUUUUCUAUUAAAUAUAAACAGCAUUUCAGUAUAAUGGUUGCAUACACAUUUAAACAU